GGUCAGCUGAUCGCCCGAAGUUGCCCGCGGGUGGCGGUUGUAUCGUCAGUGCGUCUAUUGUCGUCGCGCCUGUCCGUGGUGUUUCCCCCGUUCUAUUUCGGUUCUCUUCCAGUCUUUCCCUCCCGAGUCUCUUCCAGUCCUCUCGCGAGGCAACUUUCCCCGGCCUCCCUCGAUAGCUCGGACGACAGGAGACUGUCGCCAUGGGUCUCGUGUGCUCGACGGCUCAGCUCGCGUGCUUGUGCGGGAGCACAGCCUGCAGCUUAUGCUGCUCGCAAUGUCCCUCGUGCAGGAACAGCACGAGCACUCGCAUCAUGUAUGCGCUGCUCCUGUUGCUGGGAACAAUCGCAGCCUGCAUCACUCUGGCACCUGGUCUCCAAGGCGCUCUCAAGAAGGUCCCGUUCUGUACAAACAGUUCCAAUUACGUCCCGUCGGAAGUCACCGUCGACUGCGAUCACGCGGUCGGCUACUUGGCAGUCUAUAGAAUAUGUUUCAUUAUCUCCUUAUUCUUUUUCUUGAUGUCCGUAAUAAUGAUCAGGGUGAGAAGUUCACGGGAUCCACGGGCGGCCAUACAAAACGGAUUCUGGGCGAUCAAGUAUCUCUUGAUAAUCGGAGGGAUCGUCGGUGCCUUCUUCAUCCCGGAGAGGUCAUUCGGAUCUAGUUGGAUGUACUUUGGGAUGUUGGGAGGUUUCCUCUUCAUAAUUAUCCAGUUGAUUCUAAUCGUUGACUUCGCCCACUCUUGGGCUGACGCUUGGGUAGGAAAUUAUGAGGAGACCGAGUCGAAAGGAUGGUAUGCCGCACUGCUGGGUGCAACUUUCUUCAAUUAUGCCAUUUCUAUUACUGGAGCGGUGCUGCUUUACGUGUAUUAUACGCAUCAAGGUGAUUGCGCGCUGAACAAGUUCUUCAUCUCGUUCAAUUUGAUUUUGUGUGUCAUCACCGGUGUCGUAUCAAUUUUACCGACUGUACAAGAACAUCAGCCGCGAUCCGGACUUCUUCAGUCCUCUGUAGUGACAUUAUAUGUUGUCUACUUAACAUGGAGCGGUAUAUCAAACAGUCCAGAUCACGAGUGUAAUCCUGGCUUCAUCCCUGGCCUGUCGAAAGAGAAUCGUAUUGCGUUCGACAAGGAAAGCAUUAUUGGACUGAUAAUAUGGUUUAGCUGCGUUCUAUACAGUUCCUUACGUACGGCGUCCAAGUCAUCAAAGAUUACAAUGUCCGAGAAUGUGUUGGUUCAAGAUAAUGGAGCUGUUAGGAAUACGGGAGAGCAGUCUCUUAUCGGCAAUGAAGAUUAUGCUACAGUAGAAGGACGUAAUCCCGAUGCGGAGGGUGGAAACGAGGCCAAAGUUUGGGACAAUGAAGAAGAAAAAGUGGCAUAUAAUUGGAGUUUUUUCCAUCUCAUGUUUUCUCUCGCUACUUUGUAUGUUAUGAUGACACUUACAAACUGGUAUAAGCCAAACUCCAGUCUGGAGACUUUAAAUGCAAACAACGCUUCAAUGUGGGUGAAGAUUAUUUCGUCAUGGAUGUGUCUGGGUCUUUAUGUGUGGUCAUUGGUAGCGCCUGCCGUUUUCCCGAAUAGAGAUUUCUCUUAAACUUCUGGGUUUAUUGUAAGCCAAAAUCUGGGAGUAAAACAGCUAGAACAGCCUCAGUUUAGAGCUUUCUUGUAAUAUCAUCCGCCUAUUGCAAAACGUACGUAACUACAAAUAUAAAAGAAGUUAAUGAGAACUGAUCUUGCGAAUGAAUACUGUUAAGGGUAUAGGAUUAGACAAUUGUCAUAUGUGAUAACUUUUUGCAAUCCUAUGAUACAUAGAAGAUUAUUUGUUUAAAUAAUUUUCCUGCAAAGAACUUAUUCUUUGAAAUAAUUUUCCAUUUUUGAAGAGUUUGUGUAACUAUAAGUCUACCGAAAAAUUAAUUAACAUUUAAACAAUACAAAAUAUGACUUUUUCCGCUCAGUUAUGUAUCCAAAUCGAUAAAAGAUCUAAGCAUACUCCACUUCUAUGGAUAUAGUUGUAAAUACUUAUUAUGAGCUAUUAUAAGGCAGCUUUGUAUAUCAUUUACUUUAAUUUCAUAAAUGCAUUUUAUAUGAGACAAAAAUGUUGCAAUAAUUAUAAAUGAUUAUAUGGUAAACACGUAUACGGUACGAUAAAAAUUUUUUUUCAGUGAUUCGAAACAAUAAAUUUUAAUAUUAAGUUUUUUUUCUGUAUCUAUGUGUAUUUAUGUAUAUUAUUGUGAUAACUGACUCUAAACAUUUAUCCUAUUCAUUAUGCUAUAUUCUGCGUGAUGGGCGAGAAUUGCAUCCAAGAAAAAUUAUAUGUAAGCUGUAUUCCUUAAAUAAUCUACGUAAUAUAUAUACAUAUGAAAGUAAAGGACAAGACAAAACU